CAAAUAUGGCGGACGAAGUACCGACCAUGGAUGAAAACGAGAGAAAAGUCGUCAACGAAUUCUGCCACCUGUUGGAAAAAUCGAAACAGCUCUUUAAUGGCCUUAGAGACUUACCCCAAUAUGGUCACAAACAAUGGCAGUCCUACUUUGGCCGCACAUUCGAUGUGUACACAAAACUCUGGAAGUUUCAGCAGCAACACAGACAAAUACUUGAUUCCAAGUACGGGCUGAAGAGAUGGCAGAUUGGAGAAAUUGCUUCUAAGAUAGGACAGCUUUACUACCAUUACUAUUUGCGAACCAGUGAGACGAACUACUUGAAUGAGUCUUUCUCUUUCUACUCUGCGAUACGAAUGAGAGCUUACUACUCCAAGGCAACCAAAGAGGAGAGUACACUACAUGACAUAGGAAAGUCACUAGUUAUCUCCCAUGACAGGCCAGACCUGAUGGUGAAGAAACUCCGCUACUAUGCAAGGUUUAUUGUUGUAUGCUUGUUGCUGAAGAAGAUGAAGCUUGUGCGAGACUUGGUUCGGGAAUUGGCCAAACAGAUAGAUGACUACACUAGUGCAUACGAACCAGACGAUCAGCUGGAGUGGACGCUAGUUCUUGGUGAAAUUAAGGCUUUCAUUGAGGCUGACAACAUCAUCAAUGUAGUUGAUGUGGACUCAUCAACGAUCGUUCUGUCACAUCGACUCACCCCCCUCAAUACCCCUCCCCUGGACAAAUGCGCCCCCACGUAUCUCACCCUACAGGAGAUCCUCAUCGUCGGCAACUGUCACGAACAGGUAAAGUUCAGUGAGCUGACACUAGACAUGUUCCGCAUGCUUCAAACCCUGGAGCGAGAGCCCCAGGAGGAUCUCACCAACCAGAUCUAUGAUGCUUCCCCUGCCCCAGGACGACAGCCAUUUAUGCCUAUGCCAAGACCACGAGCUGUAGGGGAGGAAAAUGGUGACCGGCGCCAUGAGAACCCUCACAAGUACCUGUUGUACAAACCAACAUACGGACAGCUGAACACCUUUCUCGCAUCUGCGUUUAAAGAACUGCCUCCUAAUGGUGCCAGUCUCUUGUACAUAUCUGCUGAUGGUUGCCAUGGAAAUGCUAAACACACAGAUGAUGCUGCAUAUGACCUUGGAGGUGUGAUCACCAACAGUAGACGAGAGGGUGACGCCCCCAUUAAAGGAAAAAGACCAGGCUUGCUGAAAGAGAUGCACUGCCUUCACCCCGGUGACCUUUACCCCUACACAAGAAAGCCUCUCUUCCUUAUUAUCGACAGUGAUAACAGCUCAGCCUUCCAGAAUUUCCCCAACUUGUUUGGACAACCGAUGGUGUGCCUCCUCUCCCCAGAACAAGUGCCCACUACAAUGCAGGACCAGCACCAGAAAGGGAACCUGUUCACGCUGUUCAUGCACUCGCCGCUGAUGGCUCUGUGUCACGUGUGCAACAUCAUCGACAUCCCCAUCACGCUGUGGGACAAGUGCCAGGCCCAGAUAGACAAGUUCAUGUCCGAGUCCAGCAAGCUGUUUGUCAGGGCCCGGAAACUGGAUCACUCCUACAUGCAGUUCUUUGGGGAUGACUUCCUCCGGUUGAUUCUGCUGAGAUUCGUCUUCUGUUAUAUUGUUCUCAUCCUCCACAGAGGUUUCAAGGGCCCAAGCUACUAUCCGAUGUCCCACCCCCCACUGCCGACUGACGAGAUCCUCGAGCACCCAGCAUUGUACAAAAUAGUCCUUGACCUGGCAAGCAUUCUGGAGGUUCGAGGCCUGUUUGCUGAGCCUGGGGAAGUGGACAUUGUUGCAUGACAGGGUCCUAGGCUGUAUAUCUGAUCUCAGUUCUCUACAAUACUCAGUGUGACGUGACUCUCUCAAACAACUUCAGUCUGUUCUGCCAGUGGGACCAGAUUCUGUCAACCAUCAUCUGUCUGUUCCAGAUGUGUGAACAGGCUCAUAACCACUUUCAGCCUGUUCCAGAUAUGUGACCGGACUCUCUCAACCAUUUUCAGUCUGUUCCAGAUGUGUGACGAGACUCACUCAACCAUCUUCAGUCUGUUCCAGAAGUGUGACGUGACGUCUGCCUCAACAAUCUUUCAUCUGUUUCAGCAGCUUGACUAGACUGACGAGUGCUUCUGUAAUGUUCAAGCUGUUUAGACAGUAACCACCAUCUCUCAGCCAAGUUCAGUUCUGGCAGGUCAAUCUGACUCUCGUAUGUCCCAACCAUUGUGUCCGUAAUGACCUCAAGUAUGGUUGUUUGGAAAACUUGGUUAUAUGUGUUCAUUGUUUUGACCUGUUUAUUUGAAUUGAUGGGUAAAUGACAGAGUGUUUUUAUAACUUAGUUUACACAGCAUGUGUUGCAUAGUAAUCUCUUACGGUAGAUUUGCUUGAAUGGAAUAAUGAAAUAUAUAACUUUAAGUGUUUCUUCUCCAACAAGAUCCAGAGUUACUUCCCUUCCAAUAAAGGAGGAACUGAGUUACUUCCCUUUCAGUGAAGGAGGAACUGAGUUACAUCCCUUACGUAGGCAGCAUAAGCAGGGGAAAACAAUGUUUAAAUAAUGCCUCUUUUGUGAAAUGCUGGGUUGCUUGAUCGGUAGACCAAAUGAUGAAUGAACAUUCCCUUAAGGGAUAAUAUGUUAUUCGUUAAGUCCAUGAUGAAAUGAGAAGAUAAAUUUCACCAUCAAAAGGUUCAAUAACAUGGGAACUGUUGGUUGAGUGUUAUACUCUGUUAAAGCAAUUUCCCGGAGUUGGGCAUGUGUGAUAAAAUGUCAAGCGUAUUGAAAAAGUGAUAAUCUAUCUUUUGGACAGAUGAUAAACUCACUAUGCAUAGUAUAAUAAAAUACAUGGUAUGUUAUUGGGAAGUGAUAAUUUAUUGGAUAAUAAACUCCCAAUGCAUAGUAUGAUAAAAUGGCAAGAUCCAUAUUGAAGAAGUGGUCAUCUGUCUUUUGGAUGGAUGAUAAACUCACCUUGCAUAGUACGGUAAAAUGCCUGGUAUGUUUUUGAGAAGUGAUAAUUUAUUUCUUGGGUGAGAUAGACUCCCAAUGUAUAGUAUGAUACAAUGGCAGGAUCCACAUUGAAGAAGUGAUCAUCUGUCUUCCAGAUGGAUGAUAAACUCACCUCGCAUAGUAUGAUAA